AAAAAACACUACAUUUCAUCGUCAACAUGGACCAGGGAGUCUGAUAGCUCAAAUAAAAACCCCGAUGGUGAUUGAAAGAAAUCUGAUGCUGACUUGUGGAACUUAAUGGCCUAUGUUGAAUCAUUUGGGUACCAGUGACUUAUUAAGCUAACUAAUUAUGGGGGACUCGUCAGAUGGAGGUGCAGUGUCCGUUUCCUCAACUUUACCUGUGAACUUUGGAUCGAAUCUGCACCUACCUUUAUUUUCUUCCAUGAGAGUUCCAAGUAUGGAUUCUCUUGUGAGCAACCAUGGUUCCACUGUAUCAGAAGAUGAAUACCGAUUUGUAGAAGUUUCUCAUCCAGCUCAGCUUCUUGCAGGAUUAAAUAAUCUCAGAAAAAGUCGAACAUUCUGUGACAUCACAAUAUGUGUAGAUGGCAGAGAGUUCUAUUGUCACAAAGUGAUUUUGUCGUCAUUUAGCCCAUAUUUCAAAGCCAUGUUUGCUGGAAGUAUGGCUGAAAGUUUUCAAGAUAAAAUUUCAAUUAAUUGUAUGGAAGCCUCCAUGGUAGAACUACUCCUAGACUUUGCCUAUACAUCAGAGGUACUUAUCAACAAGUCAAAUGUCCAGUCUCUCUUGUCUGCUGCAAACCUUUUUGAAGUUUUGACAGUGAAGGAAGCUUGUUGCCAUUACCUUGAACAAAACAUGGACGAAUCCAACUGUAUAGGUAUUCAUUGUUUCGCUGAAAUCCAUGCCUGUGAUGAACUACAGCAGAAAUCUCGUGAAUAUUUAUUACAGAACUUUGUCACUGUGUGGCAGCAAGAUGAGUUUGUCCAGAUUAACCAGUCCAAGCUGGUAGAAAUACUGUCUGAUGAUGAUCUUGUGUGUGAUAGUGAAGAGGUGGUAUUUGAAGCAGCAGCAUGUUGGUUAAAUUAUGAGAUUGAGAAACGUAAAGAUGACUUUAACAAUGUGUUGGAGUGUGUCAGACUUCCACUGACUAACCCCUACUUUAUUCAUGACUUUGUUGAAAGCAACAUUACUAUCAUGCAGUCUAGGGCAUGUAGGAAAUUGGUUGAAGAAGCCAAGACAUUUCAGCUGUUAAAGGACAGACAAUGUCAAUUCCACAACCAGCGGACACGACUCCGAAAAAGUGCAGUGAUGACAGAGGUAAUUGUAGCAGUCGGAGGGGAAGACGACAAGGUGGUUCUCCGCAGUGUGGAAACCCUGGACCCCAACACCUUCCAGUGGAAACCAUUGGCUUGUCUUCCAUUUGCAGUUAGCAAGCAUGGACUAGUGGCUUCAGGCUCCACUUACCUGUACCUAGCUGGAGGAGAAUACCCUGAUGGCUCUGCCAGUAAAAGUGUGUGGCGGUAUGAUUCCUGUAUUGACUGCUGGGAAGAGUUAUCUCCCAUGCAAGUAGCCAGAUCUGAGCUAGGGAACAUUUUCUGUCUAGGUGUGGCGAUGCUGGACUGUCACAUGUAUGCUGUGGGGGGUUGGGACGGCUCCAGUCGACUGGACAGUGUUGAGCAGUACAGUGUUACCACCAACAACUGGACAUUUGUGUCAACCAUGAAGAUUGCUCUGACAAGUCCAGCAGUGGCCGCAAUGGAGGGUUGUUUGUAUGUAACAGGUGGAGCUGUGAUGGAGGACGGGGAUGGAAUAGAACUGGUCCAGUGUUACAAUCCUCGCACAGACAAGUGGACAGACAAGAGCUCCAUGCUGAUUCCUCGCUCAGGUUCUGGGGCCUGUGUCCUCAAUGGGCUGCUGUAUAUCAUAGGAGGUUGGCAUGCAUCUACAGAAAACACUAGUAAGGUUGAGUGUUACAACCCAAGGACAGACCAGUGGGUCCAAAAGAGUGCCCUAUUGGAGCGACGCUACAGGCCUGGUGUCGCUGUGGUGUCUGGCAAGGUCUAUGUCCUUGGAGGGGAGGAGGGCUGGGACAGAUACCACGACACAAUUGAAUGCUAUGAUCCUGAGACAGACAGCUGGGAGAUCGUAGGAGAAAUGCAGUCCAGUCGAAGCUGGCUCAGCUGUGUGUCCCUGGUACUUCAUAAAGAUGUUCUCAAUCGUGACCGACACACUCACCAUUGUACUGUGUGACAAAUGGGGGAGGGGGGUGUAUACAGGAAUCAAGUGUUCUGUGUUCUGUCUGUGCUUUUAUCCGUCCUCCCUAGACAGAAUCUUUAAUGGACAACUUCUCCUUCAGUAUUUUCCUGAAUUUUAUGGAACACCACAAAUAUAAUCAUCCUACUCAAAAGUUGUACAUGUGUACUUCCUUGAUCUGGAUAUUUUCAUUGGAGAUGCCCAUUUUACCAAAUCCUUAGCAAAGCUUUCUUCACUCUGUUAGACAUUAUGUCCAGAAUAAUGAUCAUAAAAUAUAAAAUGCUCGUAGAUAAUAGAUUUCAUGCUUAGAAGUGAAAUUAGUUCGGGAUUUUUUUCUUAAGUAGUUAUAUUGCUUACAAUGAUUAAAGGUGUUAUAUAUUGUACAUGAAAUCUAAGAUGGAAAUUGUGGGAUCAAUAUUUUGCUACAACAUCGUCAAAAUCUCCCUUUCAAGACAUUUUCAUUAAUAUGUCUGAGCUAGUAAUUAAUGUUUUUCAUUGGUUAAAAACGAAUCUCAGUAAAUCCUUUUUUGACAAUCUUGCAUCAUUGACCAAAUGGUUCAUUGGUAUAGAACUUAUACUUGUUGUUUUCGUUUUAGAAAUACGUGUACAGGCAAGGUUUUAGGCCAUCAAGUGGAAUUCAUUUGUGAAUGAGUUUUUCUUAAAUGAUUAUAUUGAUUUACAAUAAUUAAAUGACAAGGGAAGAUAACUAUGGUUUUGGAUGUUACAGUUUGUGUGUAAAUGUACCUAAUACUGAAUAGUUGUACUCUGGUUCUCAGAGUUAUCUUUCUUGGUCUCAUACUUUCAUCCUCAAUUUCAUAGUUAAGAGUUUAUGUGUCAGGAUUCAAGGACGAAAGGUGGAAUUAAUGGAAACUUUCCUGUCAAAAGGAAAGAAAAUAUUACUUUUGCUACUUAAAACCUAUUUCACAUGCAACAUGUGAUUUUUUUGUCAUACAUUUUUAACAGGUAUGACAGAAGGAUCUGUAAGUUGGUAGAGGUGGAUUUCAAACCUGUUUAGUAGGGUUCACAUAUAGAAUAUGUGUCAUACUAUGACUAUCGUGGAAAUCAUGUCAAGGCUGUCAAAGUUAAAUCCUACAAUGUUCCUAAGACAAUUGUAUGACCACACCCCCUUUGGUUGUCACGAGGAAAAAUAAGUUGUUGUAGAAAAGUCCUGAGAUAAUUGGUUGUUGUAGGAAGAUCAUACAUUUGCAGCACAAAUAUUGUACUCUGAACCUUAAAGCUCAUAGCCCGAUUGUCUCAGGUUCUCUCUGUUGUACUCUCAACCAUAAAGCUCAUAGACAUGCUAUCUCAGACUCUCUCUGUUGUACUCUCAACCUUGAAGCUCAUAACCAGACUGUCUCAGACUCUCUCUGUUUUACUCUCAACCUUAAAGCUCAUAGCCCGAUUGUCUCAGGUUCUCUCUGUUGUACUCUGAACCUUAAAGCUCAUAGCCAGACUAUCUCAGGUUCUCUUUGUUGUACUCUCAACCUUAAAGCUCAUAGCCAGACUGUCUCAGACUCUCUCUGUUGUACUCUCAACCUUAAAGCUCAUUCAUAGCCAGACUAUCUCAGGUUCUCUCUGUUGUACUCUCAACCU